ACGAGGAAACGUCGUCGUAACAAAGUAUUUCCCGCGUUAUCGCCUGCUUGUUUUGCUCAAUCGUAGCUAGAAUUUCAAGUUGUGUUCUGCAAAAUCUAUCGAAAUGGCAGUUUUUGAGUCACCAAAACCCAGAAUAAACAAUUCUAUGCUGUCUCAAUAUAUCAGCAGGCCGAUUUGCUUCGUUGGACGUGUUGAGAAGGUCCAUCCAACAGGAAAAUCAUUCACUCUUUCAGAUGGAGAAGGGAAGUCUGCAUCAGUGGAACUUAAUGAGCCCCUUGAUGAGGAGCUGAGUGGGGUGGUGGAGGUGGUUGGUGUAGUGUCCAACAAAGGGGCAAUAAUGGCCUCUGCAUACAACAUGCUCAGAGAAGACCAAGGCAUUCCUUUUGACCUGGAGCUGUACAAUGAAGCCCUGAAAGUCAUCCAUGAAUACCCCCAGCACUAUCCGUUUGAAUUAGCCACCAGUGGAUGAGCACUAUCCACUUAUUCAUUCAGAUCAUUGUCAAUGUGAACCUCAAUUGUCUUGUUGCCUUUUUUUUAUAUAUAUAUAUAUAUCUCAGUUCUAAAUAGAUAUGUAUAGUUUUUUUUUCUAUUUCUUUGUUUUGAAAAUAAAAGCCUUUAAGCCUU